AUGGUCUUUUCUUUUUUCCUCUCUGCCCACCAGCGUGCAUGCGCCUGGAAGCAGAAGGAGCGGCAGUCAAAAAUUGACUCGUUGCCCGCCUUUUACUCGUCACCACUCUCGUUACCAGAGGAAAAAAUACACGCUCUUUCCCUUUCUCAACUCGUUAAUCAAUGUCGUGUUGGCACCCUCUCUCCGUCGUCGGUCAUGACGGCCUAUGCCAAACGAGCGCUCGUCGCGCAGAAGAACACCAACUGUCUGACGGAUAUCAUGUUCGAGGAGGCGCUCGCCAUCCCAUCUGUCGCCAACUGGGGCCUUGGUGUAGACUCGGACACCAGCAUCAACGAAGUCGCUCGUGAACGGUCUCUGCUUGGGGUUCCUGUCAGCAUCAAAGACACGGUAAACAUCGCCGGAUACGACACCACCAUCGGUUACUCUCGCAACGUCGGACGUCCAGCAGCAGCCUCAUCAGCGAUAGUACGCCUCCUGCAAGAUGCCGGGGCGUUAGUGCACGCCAAGACCACCGUUCCGACUGGGCUUCUCGCUCUCGAGACUGUAUCAGACGUCUACGGCCGUACAACCAACCCAUACAAUCAAGCCUACUCCGCCGGUGCGUCGACAGGAGGUGGAGGUGCCCUUGUGGCUUGCGGUGGGAGCAAGAUCGAAAUAGGGACGGAUAUCGCUGGGAGCGUCAGGAUUCCGGCCCACUUCUGCGGGAUUUGGAGCUUAAAGGGCAGCUCUGGGAGAUUUCCUGGAUGGGGUACGGAACCUGCGAUGAAGGGCCUGCUAUCGGUUCCCAUCGUGGCGUCGCCGAUGGCGGGAAACCUCGAAGAUUUACGCGAGUUUUGGAAGCGGGUGAUCUCAUCGGAGCCAUGGCAGUAUGACCAUACGUGCGUCCCACUUCCUUGGAAGAAUGUGAACCUGCAAGAUGAGGGCCGCAAGCUGAAAUGGGGUGUCAUGCGGGAAGAUGGCACUGUGCCUCCUACUCCGGCAUGUCGACGCGCUCUCACAACUGUCGUCACAGCUCUGAAAAGGCAGGGCCACGAAGUCGUUGAUUUUCAACCUCCAGACGUCUUCGAGGGUAUGAAGAUCGGAUAUCAGCUCCUCUUCUCCGAUGGUGGUCAACAAACCAAAGACGCUCUAAUGCCCGGAGAGACCGUGACACCAGCCGCCCAAUCCCUUCUGGACCUGCUCCAAUUUCCGCGAUUCGUCAAGAAGAUCCUGGCAUACUUCAUGAGUUGGACUGAUCCAGUCUCCAGUCAGUUGUAUGAAGUCAUGCACAAGAAGACCGUCGUCGAGGAGAGAGCCCUCAUCGCCGCUCGAGAUGCGUACAUGGCUGAUUGGCAUAAGAAGUGGACAGACGAGGGUCUCGACUUCGUGCUAACUGUACCAUUCCCGCUUCCAGCUGUAGAGAACGGCGCUACGGAGAAGACGACGCUCAUGACCGCAGGGUAUACCUUCCUGUUCAGCUUGCUCGACUACGCUGCUGGGGUUCUUCCUGUUACUUUCGUCGAUAAGGAUCUCGAUGCUCUUCCUGCCAACUUCGCCCAGUCAGCCAAAUACAAAUCCCUCUCGGCGAUCGCGAAGGGCGCGUACAGCGUGUACGACGCGGAGAAGAUGCACGGUCUGCCCCUCGGGGUGCAGAUCGCUGGUCGCCGACUCGAAGAAGAGAAGGUGCUCGAAGGUAUGCAGGUGAUAGAGACUGCGCUCCGCGAGCAUGGGCCGGUCUUUGUCAACCAAGUCAAACUGUAA